AUGGCGACCGCGAGCCCCUCCCUGGUGCUGAAGAAGCCGGUCAAGCUGGCGUGCAUUCAGCUCGCCAGCGGCGCCGACAAGAAUGCGAACCUCGCACACGCUCGCGAGAAGGUCCAAGAGGCCGCCAAGACGGGCGCGAAGAUCAUCGUCCUUCCGGAAUGCUUCAACUCGCCCUACGGCUGCGACUACUUCCCCUCGUACGCCGAGGAGCUGCUCCCGUCGCCGCCGACCAAGGAGCAGAGCCCCAGCUACCACGCACUGUCUGACAUGGCCAAGGAGACCGGCACGUAUCUGGUCGGAGGCUCGAUACCGGAGUCGGAGCAACAUGGCAAAGAGGAGAAAAAGCGCUACUACAACACGUCGCUGGUGUUCGGGCCGAGCGGGGACCUUCUGGCCACGCACCGAAAGGUGCACCUGUUUGACAUCGACAUCCCCGGCAAGAUCAAGUUCAAAGAGUCUGACGUCCUCUCCCCGGGCAAUAAGGUGACCAUCGUCGAUCUUCCUGAGUACGGAAAGAUUGCUGUGGCAAUCUGCUACGACAUCCGGUUCCCCGAGCUUGGGACAAUAGCCGCCCGCAAAGGCUGCUUUGCGCUGAUAUACCCUGGUGCUUUCAACACUACCACCGGCCCGUUGCACUGGAGUUUGCAGGGACAGGCUAGGGCUAUGGACAAUCAAGUAUACGUCGCGCUGUGCUCACCCGCCCGAGACAUGAGCGCGACGUAUCAUGCGUGGGGCCAUAGUCUUGUAGUAGACCCGAUGGCGCAAGUGCUGGUCGAGGCUGAAGAGAAAGAGACAAUAGUGACCGCAGAGCUGACUGGGGAGAAGAUCGAGGAGACGAGAAAAGGAAUCCCGUUGAGGGACCAAAGGCGGUUCGAUGUGUAUCCCGACAUAAGUCAGGGCAAGAUACAAUUUACCGACCCGGGACAGAAGUAA